GACCAUUAUAUCACUACAACGGUGUAAGUGGUGCUCGUGGUUGCUGCCUCUGCGAAAUAGCUAGACUGGUUUUAGCGUUGACCGUAUUCAAACUUUUAUUGCAGAGCUAAGCAACUGCAGAUCGGUCGAAGCGAUUCACAAAGAUUAAUCGAGGUAAUUGCAUACGCACGCAGAAACGUGUCUCAUCGACACUCAAAGUAAAAUCCUUGUAUCCACACAACUAAAGUCGUAAUAACUGACCUUCAAGUUGAAGGAGGUCAUUUGCCACUGAUUGGGUAAUGAAUGCCCCAGACACCUCGUGCCAAUUAUCGGUUUAAAAUCUGCGGAAACUGGUCGGAUGUGGCGGCUUUCAACUUGGUUUAAACUUCAUCGACCUUCGUACCACCACACGUCAAUCGCUCGAAACCUUUCAAGUUCCUGCUUUCUGAAACAUGUCGGAGCCGACAGCAGUACAGCUCAAGGACGAGGGCAAUGAGUUAUUUAGACAACAGGACUAUAUCGGGGCACUCGCAAAAUACACCCAGGCUAUUGCUCUGGACGACAAGAACGCUGUUCUACAUGCGAAUCGUGCUGCUUGCUAUCAUGGUGUCGUGUACAUGGAGAAGAUAUUAAUGCAUCUUCAGGCUACAGAGAUUGAUCCAGGUUAUGCCAAAGGGUGGUCGCGACUGGCAGCAUCUCGAGACGCCCUCUCGGACUGGGAGCGAAGUGCUAAAGCGUGGCAAAAGGCACUAGACACACUCCCCAAAACUAACCUCACUCCUGCAGAGAAACGGCAGAAAGAUCAGUAUAAAGCCGGUCUGGAUGCAGCUCAAACCCGUGGCAAGACCAUAAAGGACCCAUGUCUCGCUCGUAUGAAUGCCGCUGAUGGAAAGUUUCCUUGGCAAAUCGCGACGGAGAUGCUUCCUGAACUUCGGCAAGCGGGUCCCGAAAAACUUUCUAGUAGUGCUUGGGUGAUCUCACAUGCAUACGAGGAGUUCACGAAAGGGGUGGGAUUUAUGAAUGAAUUGAAAACAAUUCCUCAUCCUCAAGCUCCAGGAGGACUUGCCUAUAGCGGAAGUCUGAUGGGCUUGACGUAUUUGACCAAUGGUUUGAUGCGUGACGAGCGCGCGUUCCAUAUCAGUGACCCCGACUGGAUUACCAAGUACAAUAACCAAGUUAAAUUCGAAGCUACGGCUCGCCAAGCCUGGCACUCCGACGGAGUCGAAACUAUCAAGGAACGGGCACAGAAACGCCUGAAGGAAAAGGGUUGGAGUGAUGUACGCCCCGCUUUGUCAGUGACAGUUCGUGCAUGGAUAAUGAGAGGCAUGUUGGAAGGCCGUAUGAGAGACGCACCUGAGACUGGUGUUCAGUUUUUGAAACGAGCUAUUGACUUGCUUGAAUGGGGACGAAAUGUUUGGAAGAAUGUGCCCAAAGAUGAUCGUGGGGCGAUUUUCCAGGAUACGUUUUUGCGAGGCGUGCGUAGCUUGCACCUCAAGAUGUUUAUGGACGCUUACGGCACCGACCCUGGCUUGAACUCUAAAUAUCCCCUUGAACAUCUGAAGGAAGAAGCUGAAGACCUCCUUAAAGAGGAGGAAAUUGACCCCGGCAUGGUAUCCUCUUUUUACAUCUAUCCUGCCGCAGUCGCUCAUACGAUGAUAGGAUUCUAUCAUGCACAGACAGCUCAAUUCAGCGAUGAUGCUUUCGCGUCGUGUCUUAGCUAUGCGAAUGGGGCAAAGGCGUAUGCGCAGGCAGCCAAAACAUACCCCGAGGAUGACGAACAUCAUGCGUUUUACUUGACCUGUGCUAUGAAUUGUAUGCGAAGUGCGGGUGUCUCUAUUCACGACUUCAAUGCAGUCGCCGUUAGUAUGCGGGCAGCCGUGCCCAAGAUGAUGAAGAUAUGGGCGAUCUCUGCUCUGCAGCAAGGUGGGCGAGACGAUAAAAUACAAGCAAACUUGCGCAUCGCAGAUGAUCUGAUGAAGCUUGUGGAUGAAGGAAAGUUAACAAUGAAAGAUCCUGUGCCUUUGUGAUCAUUAGGCUUGUACAUACCUCACUUGUGUAAUUAUAUGUUGCACCUUUUACGCGGGAGGACACGAGUAAUAGAUGCACAAGUUACACAACCGUGACAUGAAUUCGACGGGUUACUGUUUUUGGUAGUCAUGUAACUUUUCCACAAGUUUCUC